UAAUUAUUUGUAAGGAUUAAUUAUUACAAGAUACGGAAUUACUCCACGUCGAUCUUAACUCAAGAAGAACCACCUGUUACAAAACAUUUAACAAACCAGUCAGCCAGAGACUGGAGUACUUCCGGGGGAAGGACACAACAGUUACAUUGCGUGACCUUAUCAUUUAAUACUUUGCAUGCUUGAGUAACUUCGUCGAUGUAUGAACCCGAUGAUCAGCGACUUGUUGAUACACUUUCAGAUCUUAAUAUUAACCUGAACAAGAUGGAUCAAGCUUCUAAUAACAUUGCGGUGACAGAGAGUGCAGUAAACCUGACAGAAAAUGAAGACGAAAGGCCUUGUAACGAUCACAGAGAACAGCUUUGUGAAAUUCUUCACAGCAGAAGGGCUCAAUAUGUCAUCAUAACAUUGGUUGUCGUGGAUAUGAUCAUUGUUAUUGCGGAAUUACUCAUUGACUUGAAAGCAGUUGAAGUUCACCAUGAGAGUCAUGCACCACAUAUCCUGCAUUACAUCAGUAUUGCCAUCCUUUCAAUCUUCAUGAUUGAGUUGUUUGUAAAGAUCUACGCUAUGGGACUCACAUUUUUCAAACACAAAAUGGAGAUAUUUGAUGGAAUUGUAGUUACAGUAUCGUUUGCCUUGGAUAUUGCUUUCAGUGGAAAGGAGGGAGCUGUUGAUGGAAUAGGUCUUAUUGUUCUCCUUCGGCUUUGGAGAGUCACAAGAAUUGUCAAUGGUAUAGUUUUGUCUGUGCAAAUACAAGCAGACAGGAAGAUUGAAGUCUUGGAGAAGGAAAACAGUGAGCUAAAAGAAGAACUUGAACAGCUGAAAUCCAAGUGUGAACAGUUAGAGGUUGAGCUGAAAACAUUUAAACAUGAGACAGGCCCUGAUGCAGUCAAUGGAAAUCAAAUUUGAGAAACAUUAAAUCUGAUUAGUAACCUGAUAGCCAGACAGAAUAAAGACCAGCUGGCCAAUUGAAUGAUUGAGUGACUAAUCAUUAAAAGGACUGAUUGACUGACUGACUGGAUUACUGGAUGAUGACUGACUGAUAAAUAGAUAGAGAGAAGGAAGAACAGAAAAAUAUAUAUGUGGGAAUUUCUGAACCAAUGGCUUGUGAAUUAUGUUUUGCAUUGUACGAAAUACAUGAAAUUUUGUUCUUGGGUAGAUAACUAUUUUCUUAGAAACAUUUUUCUAAUUUAUAUUAAAUUAUCAUUAUUCAAUACCUACAUUUAUCAAUUUUAGUAUGAUAUCUUCAAAAAUAGUCUAUUUUAUGCAUAUUGUACACCUGAAAAUCAUGGUUUUAUAACAAUCAUUUUUACUAAUAUUUAGAGGAAUGAAAAAUUCAAGUUUGCAUCAGAUUUUGCAUUUUCACCUUUUUAUUACUGAUCUAUUCAAGAUUGAAUGAAAUUUGUUGGAUUAUCACAUACCUUAAAGAAAAAAUUCAUUUGAUUGAUUGUCUGAGCAGUCCACCCAAUACAGAUGGGACAGAUUGACUCAUGUGUUAUUUUUUGAGAAAGUAAUAUUUGCAAUCCGAUGCUUCACAGAUAUGCACAUUCU